AUGAGUACAGAGAUCUUCCGAGUUGUGAUAUUUCAAAAAUAUCCGGAUGUUCCCUCACAACAAGGUGUCCACUUUCAAACUCUCCUGGAUGGAAUAGAAACUAAAACUAAUGUAAGACUUAUAAAGGCACACCAGUCUUCCAGGAAGCAAUACACAAAUCCAGAAAUACCCAGGGCUGCUGUCAGUGCCAGAGGUCCCUCAUCCAGAGAGAACAACAAAGGGUGGAAGAUGGAGCCAAGAGUCUUCCAAAGAAAUUUUCCACCUAGACAAAAUGGACAGGUGUACCUGCUGUAUGAAAUCAGGCGGAGAAGACGUGCUGUCCGGAGGAACUGGUGCUCGAACAAUGGUGAACAACAUGCUGAAAUCAACUUCCUGGAAAAUCGUUUCAAUAUCAGGCCACAAAUUCCUUGCUCCAUCACCUGGUUCCUUUCAACUAGUCCCUGUGGAAACUGCUGCAGAAGGAUUCUGGAGUUCCUGAGGUCACGCCCUAACGUGACCUUGGAUAUAUAUGCAGCCAAGCUGUUCAGGCCCCGAGAUUCACGGAACCGACAAGGUCUCUGUGACCUGAUGAUGAAUGGAGUCGCUAUACGUAUCAUGAACCUUGAAGAUUACAGGUACUGCUGGAGAAAUUUUGUUGCACACCAACCUGGAGAAGAUGAUUAUUGGCCCCAGAAUGUCACUUUAUACUUCAUUCUGAGUAGCAUAGAACUCUUACAUAUCUUUUUGGUAAGUAGACACCUGAAAAAAACACCAAGAGCAAAAAUAAAUGCAAAAAAUCCAAGGAAAAGGAGAUUUGGAUGA